AGAUAAAAACCGUGUUGAAAUUUGAAUACAACUCAAUGAGAAAUCGGAAUUGUGGGCCAUCGAGCGCCCUCUGGAGGAAUAACCGUUAAUAACGUCAUUAGCUAAUAACGUUUGCCGCCCAAUGCUAACAACAAUGGAGGAGAGGUUAAUAGCUGCGGUGUCCGACUAUCCCGAGUUAUACAAUUCUACAAUAAAUUCAUAUAAAGACGCUGCUAGAAAAGCCAAAGCAUGGAGAGCUGUGAGCCUACAAGUUGAAAUACCAGAGGAGGACUGUCGCAGACGAUGGAAGAGUUUACGGGACAUGUUCAUCAAAGACAAGCGUGCCGAGCAGCGCAGGAGAGCGUCGGGAACGUCCCACCGGAGCUGGAAGUACAGCUGGCAGAUGUCCUUCCUCACGCCCUUCAUCCAGUCCCGAUCGCUAGCUGUAGACGAGCCGGAGGAGGACCGAGACGAGGAGGAGAAGGAGGAAGAGGAGGAGGAGGAGGAGGAGAGGACGGCGCACGGGAACUCCUCCUUCCAGGACUUUGAGGCGGAUCACGGGAUGCUGGACGGAUCCUCGCAUUACUCCGCGUCGGGAUCGCAGGGAACGGGACGCAAGAGGAAAUGGCAGAUGGAGGCCAACGAGGACUUGGAGGACGAGAUGUUCUUGUUUAGUUUAUUACCGUAUCUCAGACGCUUGCCUUACGCCAAGAAGAGCGCCGUCAAGUUAAAGAUACACCAGCUGCUGUACGAGGCCGAGUUCAAGUGACGCUCUCUGUAGUUUCUUAAUAUUUUUCUAUCUUUUAUUGAUAUUGAAAUUCUAUCCGCUGCAUUUUUUGUUUCUUUUUUUAACAUUCAUAACAUAUUGUAUCGAUGCUGGUAGAUGUUUGUUUUGAUCAGAGGUCCGUGAUUAAACAGACAAAUACA